GCAUCCGCGUUUUCUUUAGCGUUGUACAUCAAAUACACCCUCACUGACGAAAACUAUCAAUUUACAUUCCAGGAUUUAUCACAGUAUUAAAAGGAUGUACAAGCAAUAUCAGACGUGUUGCCAAUAAGCAGUAGCAGCAAAAUGGCAGAUUUAUGAAUGGACCUUGGCUUGAGACAUUUACAUUAAUCAGACUCAUCUGGAUAUGCACAACAUCCAGCUACAGCACAGUUGGAGUUACAUACAAUAUGCCUGUGAAAUAGGAUUUGUUAUAAGUAUAAUGAGCUUCUGUACAAGUGGAUAAAUACUAGAUCACACUACAAUUCCUGCGCAGUUGUACUGUCACAGCCAUAAAAUGGUUACUGCUCAUAAAAGCAAUGGCAUGUGGUUAGAAACUGCUUCUGUGUUGCCAGUAUUAAAUGAUUUGUCAAGGAGUACUUCCUGGUGUUUAAUUUGACUCCUGUGGUCUUUUCUGCUGUGCCAGUGGGAGAUUGUAGCCUCUGGCUCUGUGCUGUUUGGUUGAGGUGCAGGUGGUGACUGCUUAACCAAAAGCUCCCAUUGCAUUUUGUGAUAUAUAUGCUAAAUGUCUUCCUUCUGUAAUGUAGGGGAACUGAUUAUAGUCAUACCAAUGAAAUCAGUGUAAUUAAAACAGUUAAGAAGCCCAAUCACAAAGUGGGAACCAUGUUAUUAUGAUUGUGGGCUCAGUGUGAUGGGAAGUGAAAUAGAGACCAGGUUGUGUUUGGAACUAUUUGUAUAAUACAAAAAAAAAAGAGUGAUUUUUCAAGCUGCUCAAGAUAUCUCCCCAUGGACACUAUGUUGUGUUUUUCUUGUAGCCAGUUGCCUUCUUUGGACAGAGAUGACAUUGUCCAAGUUUGACCAGAAAGGCAGGCGUUACAGUGUCAGCAUUAUUUCUCACUUCUUGUCUCUUCUAUAUAUGGCCUUUAAGUUAACAGCUGCAGUUAUUUCAUUAGAGCUUUAGGAUCAGUAGUUGACUAACUCUUUGUGUGGCUUUCCUGGAAGCAUAAUUAUUAACCUCAUUUAGGGCUGAUUGUUCUUCAAGACUAAACACAGUUGAGUGUUUGCCAGUCUACAAAUCUGUCUGCAUUCUGGCAGGUGGAUUAGGUUGCUCAACAAUACACACUUGAUGUGGAUUUGAAGAAAAAACAACGUGUUGUCAUCCUGCCUGAGGAACAGCUUGCAAAUGGAAAGAGUUUUUAUGUUCACGCAAGUUGGUUUCCCAAUUUUUGUAAUAGGCCUCAUGUUGAAACAUUUUACAAUGCGAUUAUACGGAGUUUUUAGUGCACAAAGAGGGCUUGUAGACAACUUAACCAAUUCUCUAAUUACUCAGUCUGAUUCUGGAGCUGGUCCUUGAACCAGGACUUUCCUCACUUCACUCAGUGGUUUGAUUUUGCAGAAGCAACCAUAACGUCGGACUGUUCCUCAUUUGAUUCUUUUUAUGCAAUUCAAACAUACUUGAAAUAGUCAAAUUUGGAUAUUUUUGUUCUACACUGCCAACAAUUCUUGGUCUUUUAGGGAAUACUUUAUUCGCGUUUGUAUUUUGCAACUUCAACACUCAGUCUUUCAAGACGACAGCCGACCCUGCUGCAUUUAAGCCUUUGAGCCAGAAUGGAUGAAAUCAGUCGGCUGCUAGGCACCAUAGGGCGCGACCGCUCCGACAGUCUAUGCAGUGGUGACACCCAGUCGACGGGCAGCAAGCUGGCUCUGAGGCAUCGGCUCAACCAGCUGAUGACCUGCGUGGAUGAUUUGGACCCCAAAAAUGAGCUGCAUGACAAAGUGGUCAAAACCCUGGACAACGCUUUCCUCAUCUGUGGCAAGAGAGCCAACAAGCCGAAAAAAGACAGUUUCAGGCUGCACAUGGUGACGUGGAACGUGGCCACAGUUGAUCCUCCUGAUGACGUGUCCUUGCUUCUCCAUCUGAACUCCCCGAAGAGCCCGGACCUCUACGUCAUCGGUUUGCAGGAAGUGUACUCAGGGCCUUUGAGAUUCCUGUCGGACACUGUAUUUGAUGACCCAUGGAGUCAUAUGUUCAUGUCCACCUUGGCACCACGGAAAUACGUUAAGGUGUCAUCCAUUAGAAUGCAGGGUCUGCUGCUGCUCUUCUUCUCCAAAAUGGAGCACGUCCCCUUCAUCAGGGACAUCCAGGCCCAGUACACACGCACCGGCAUUUUCGGUUACUGGGGUAACAAAGGUGGCGUGUCUAUCCGUCUGUCUUUCUAUGGCCACCUGCUCUGUUUCCUGAACUGUCACUUGGCCGCUCAUAUGAAAUACGCCACAGAGAGAGUGGAUGAGUUUGAGUACAUCAUGGACACGCAGAUCUUUGACGGCAAAAAGGCUCCAAGGAUUGCUGACCACAGGCUGGUGUUCUGGUUUGGAGACCUCAACUUCCGAAUUCAGGACCACGGCAUGCACUUCGUCCGCUCGUGUAUCAACAAUCAAACCUACAACCUGCUGUGGAGCAAAGACCAGCUGACCAUGAUGAAGAAGAAAGAGCAGAGACUCCAGGAGUUUGAGGAAGGGCCUCUGGACUUUCAACCCACAUACAAGUUUGACUUAAACUCUGAUACUUAUGACAGCAGGCUCUACAGGACAUGGUUUGGCUUUAACGGCAAGAAACGUAAACCUGCCUGGACCGACAGGAUUCUGUGGCGGCUCCGACCCAAAGCCCCGCCCCCCGACGAGCAAGAUGGACUGGAUGCAAAGAAGGUCAGGCAGCUGGAAGAGGAUGAGGAGUAUCCUCUGAAGAUCAGACAGGACUUGUACACCAGCAACAUGGAGUACUGCGUUAGUGACCACAAGCCUGUCAUGGGAGUCUUCACACUGGAGCUGAGGAAGAUGAACAGGACUCCUCUGGUGCGUCUGCAGGCAGAGGGCGACUGGAGUGCAGACAUUGAUGCCAUGGUUCUCUACAGCCCUCUGCAGCCGUUCCCCUCCAGCACAUGGGACUGGAUCGGACUCUAUAAGGUGGGAUUCACCAGUGUGUCGGACUACAUCACCUACACGUGGGUCAAAGACGACGAAGUGGCCUUCAAUGAAGAAAUCAUACAGGUAUACGUUGGUAAAGAGGAAAUCCCAGUGCGCGGAGGAGAGUGUGUACUGUGCUACUACAGUAAUACUCUGCAGUGCAUCAUUGGAAUUAGUGAACCCUUCAAGGUCCAUGAGUCCAAGGUAGCCAUUGAAGAAGGCUUGCUGCCUGAGAGGAUCAAUGGACUUGACAAAACCAUAGCAAGUGACGACCUUUUCAAGUAAUGGAUCUGGAAUCACCGAUGUGGUAUGACGUAGACAUGGAUCAGUUUGGGCCCAGAUUGCCUGAACCACAACAAGGCUUUUAAUUACUGUGUUACCUAACUUGCGACCGAAGCAGCAGAUUAGGAAGCACUGUCUGUUCAUGCUGUUUCACAUCCUCACUGACCUCUCUAAUGCUACCAGUGUGGCUAUUAGUUUUUUUUACAACCGGUCUCUACAUUCACAUUUGCUCUUCAUAUGUUAACUUGAAGUCAUGCAAAGCUAAAGCUAUGAGCAAUCCUUCAUCACCUGACUUAAAAAAGUGUCCUCAGAAUGGAAAUUUGGCCUUACAUUGAGCAAAGAAGUGCCAGCUUUAUGUUUUGGCCUAAACUAUAAUACAACUUACAAUUACUUACUAUAUUGUGUGAAUAUGAUAAAAGGCUUUGAAUGUUGUAUGUUUGGUUAGUGAGGGAUGGGAGGUAACAGGUUAGACAUAUUGAUUGAACAGAAGGUGAAGUAUGUUGUAGGAUCUGAAACAGUACCUGCUGCUUUGUGCGAUCAGUCGAUGAAAGGAAGCUCUCCGUUUCAGGUUGUGUUAACGGAUCUAAAUAUUUGUGUAAACUCCACAUUUUAAUGCUGAAGUUGCUCUUACAGCUGCAGUGAUGCGGCUGAACGAAAAGCUGGAAUUCCGAAUAUUUUAAAUUUGUUUAAAAGGGUGAAAACACCCUUCAAACUUCACCUGACUGCUAUAAUGAUGUAAAGGGAACUGCAAGAUUAGCAAAGCUCAUUGGCCAUGUUGUGUUUGCGUGAAACACGAGCAAAUCAAUCUUCAUAGUCUAUAUCCACAGACUGGCUUCAAGGAUACCAAAUAUGAGAUUUGAUAUCCUUGAAGCCAGUCUGUGGAUAUAUAUACGACUAACUUGCCUGCUCAUGCUGGAGCAGGAACUUAGGCAGGAAAUGCCUUCAGUUCAUAUUUAGCUAUAUUUUCCAUUUGUUCAUUUCCGUCUGACAUAAAGCUUUGAUUAAAAAACGUGUUCCUUUCUUUCAGAACUUUUAGAGACAAUAGUCAGCCAACCCAUGUCAACUAAAACUCUGUUGACGUUCGUACGACCACUAAACAUACAGUGGCUCAAUCACAGCUCUGACAGAAAUAACACUGUCCUACCUCUCACUUGCACUGUAAGUAACCAGAGCAUGGUAAGUGAAGAGGAUAAAGGAUAAAAUGGGAAAAAAACGUUUUUCUGCAACACAUUUGUAUUAUGCAGUUUUUGGAGAAAUGUUCUGGGCAUUUUAUGCUGUAUUUUGCAGACUGUUCAAAUUUGGCCCAGUUUUCAGUAGUUUUAAUAGUAGUUCAAUAGUUACUUUGUGUGUUUGGUGGUCCUACAGACAUGGGGGGUAAAGUAAGAUAAUGACAAAUUGAAACUCUUUCAAACUCAAACUGUUGCUUUAACAACAGAAGAUAAUCUGACUCUGUCCUUCUUCCUCUCCUCUUCCUUAUUCUCAUUCAUACGGGACUGAUCUUAAUCUCUGUACUGUCCCGAAAGCAUUGCUGUAGGAUGUAAGAUGGAUCUAUUUGUGGUUUUAAAUAUUUUGUAUUUUAAUGAAAAUAUUCAUAGGCGUCACAGAAUAUAUCACUUAGUGUUGUCAAUGGACUGCUAUAGGAAGAGUUUGCAUUUAGAUUUUCUGCUCACAGUAUUUUCAUAUACUUAGGUUGUUCCUGGAUACUUGAAAACAUAGCUAUAUGAUAUAACUUUGACUUUUGUGUGAAGCAGAUUGCUUGUGGCUUUGCUAUCUCAUUAGCCCACCAGCACCUUGCAGUUAAAACAAAAUAUAUAUGAACCAUUCCCUUUUAUUACUGAUUGUGAUUUCACGGCAAAAUAGAGAAUAUGAAGAUAUGUGCACUGUUUAUUGAUAAUUCAUAAUAGGUUGCCAUGUUGUUAUUAUUAGUGUGUAUUGAGAAACUCUUGUUGUUUUUGUUUGAACAAUAUGGAUUCAGCAAGUGCCUCUGAAAUGCUUGUUGCUUUACAUUUAGUGUACUGUAUUAUGCUGCUCAGUUGUGAUACCAUAUGUAUCAUUAAUAUUCAUCCGAUUAUUUAUUGUAACAUAGCCUCUUCUUGUUCAUAUUGAUUUGAAAUAUUACUGUUCUAAACUUUCACAUACACAAAGAUCUGAAUGUUAUUGGCUUGCUGGAAUCAAUUAUAUCAGCCAAUUUAUAUCACUUUUUUUUUUUUUUUUUUUACUAAAAAGUGACUUAUUUUCUCAAAUAAUGAAAUGUAAUGUACUGUAACAGAUUUAUAGCUUUGCAAAUGCAAAUAUUAAAGAAAAGUCUCACUUCA